CUUAUUCACAAAACUAUACACAUACUAGAAGCAGGGCAGUAUUCCACAGAACAAAUUAAGCGAACAAGUACAUUCAAGAUGGCAAAUGAGGCUGCACCUUGCCCCUGUGACAUUGGAGACAAGAUGGACUAUGGAGGAAGAGGAAAAGAAGUACAAAUUGAACACAUCAAUGCAUAUCUAACAAAACCAUCAGUCAAAACCGAAAAAGCAGUCAUAGUGAUACAAGAUAUUUUUGGAUGGCGACUUCCUAACACAAGAUACAUGACCGAUAUGCUUGCACAAAAUGGAUACAUGGCCAUCUGUCCUGACUUUUUUGUUGGGAAGGAUCCUUGGAACCCCACUAAUGACUGGUCAACAUUUCAAGAAUGGCUUAAAGACAAGCAACCAACUAAAAUAAACAAAGAAGCUGAUGUAGUCUUGAAAUAUCUGAAAGAGCAAUGCAAUGUCACCAAGAUCGCUGUGAUUGGCUUCUGCUGGGGUGGAGUGGCUACUCAUCACUUGAUUCUGCACUACCCAGAACUGAAAGCUGGAGUUUCUGUUUAUGGAAUAAUUCGUGACAGUGAACAUAGAUAUAAUUUGCACAGCCCAACAUUAUUUAUUUUUGGUGAAAAUGAUUCUGUCAUUCCACUUGAUCAGGUGACCACCCUUCAGAAGAAACUACAAGAAAGCUGUUCAGUUGAUUUUAAUGUAAAAAUAUUCCCCGGCCAAACACACGGCUUUGUCCACCGCAAGAGGGAGGAUGUCAACCCCAAAGAUAAACCUUUUAUCGAAGAAGCAAGAACAGAUUUGCUUAAUUGGUUAAAGAAAUAUGUUUAAAAUAAACAAAUUAUGUCACAGACUGCAGGGAAUAACUAUUUGGUAGCCUUUUGCAUACUGUACCUGUGUCAUCAUCCUCCCCCCCCCCUCCCCCCUUUGUCAAUAAAGGGUAAGAAUAUAUAUAUUUUAAUCACCAGUG